AUGAACGAAGCACUCGGGCUGGACGAACUCUCCGAAACUUCCAAAUGCUACCUCCAGGUCUUAGCUGAGGCAUAUGACAAAGCCCAUGGGUGGGACACAAGACGGCAAAUUCUUUCGAUGAUGAGUGGUGUUUCCAAUUAUAAUGAUAUCUCGAGAUUCAUACCUGGCUUAAGUAGAUAUCGUUUUACCAUAGCUAAUCUGCAUCGUCUUCAGCACGGAAGCGGCGCUUCAGUGACCCCCCAGCCUUCAUCAAAGAUAAGAGUCGACCCGAGACAACUGGAUCACGUCUUAUCUUAUAUAACAAGCCCCCAUUUGGUGCAAGAUCUGCCAUUUGGACAAAAAACACUGAAGCUCUCCUCUGGACAACUGGUUGAAGUACCCAAUGUUAUUCGCACCAUGAUACCGCAAAGGAUAGUGCGUCAGUAUACCCAGUACUGCAAAGAGACUGGAUUUGAGGCGUUCAGCGAGCGGACGAUGCUGCGUGUUCUAAAUGAAUGCAAGGCCUCGACCAGAAAGUCUCUCCAAGGCCUUGACUAUUUUGCAGCAGACGGGGCGCGUGCGUUCGAUGAACUAGAAGGCUUGGUUCUUCAAUUGGGGGAGCUUGGUCGUGGAAAGGAGUGGCAAGUGCGAUACGUGAAAUCAUUAAAGGUGGCCAAAUUCUACCUGAAGGGUGAUUUCAAGGUAAGCAACCGAAAGUGUGAAGAGUUCCAAGAAAAUUGGAUUAUGCUUUUCAAGCAGGGUGAUCUUAUUUCACAAAUGGAUGGAAGUAUGGCACGAAAAAACCGUUCCGAUGACAGGUCCACCCUGACUGGGAAAUAUACGUCGGUUUUUGCUCUUGGUAUUCGUUUUUUAUCAGUAUAAAUUAUGCUUGUAAUAGAUUUUAUCUUCUCAGAUUAUUGAGGUUAUUCGAUUUAGAUAACAUGAAGCAUACAAAUUGCAAAUAUUUUUUGUCGUUAAUGUUGCAGUAACAUGGUAAUCCAUGCUUUGUGUCAAGCUGUGUUUCUUAUUUUCACUCAGGUUCACGUGAGCUCUUCUUCUCCCGUUGCAAGUCAUUGCAGUGUAUUUACUCUGAGUGACACCGAAGAUUCUGACCUGCGGCAGCAAUGCAAACACAACCAUGACGAGCUCUGUGACCAAUGUGAAAGCUUGCAUUCGACCCUGAACGACAUAUCUACUGCGGUCGAUGAAGCAUCUUUUACCACAGAAUAA